AUGCAAAUAUCCUUGAGAAUUGUUCCCGAAAACAAACAGCUUUCUGCUGUGAGCACAACUACCUUUGGUGAAAUUUCACAAAAUGCGCCCGGCUUGCAAGACACUUUGAGAGAGCAAAAAGGUCCAUUAAGCAUAGCUCUGAAAUUGAAUGACCGCCACCCUCUUGAAUCCCGUAUUGCAAACUGGGAAGAAACACAGCUCCAAACGAGAUUGGAAAUGUACAGACGUGUAUACGGGGCCAGUGAACCAAUUAGAAGGACGAUGGAUUUGAAGAUCAUUGAGGCAACUGACUUUAAGCCCCAGGUUCUCGGCGGGUCCGAUAGUAUGCACAAAGAUAUUCUUUUAAAUAAAGAGGCAAGUGUGGAUUGGGAAGAUGUUUACAAGGGUGGUUUCGAGUAUGGCGAAGCUAGAGACUUCCAUUCCGAAAUGGAAGCGAAGCUUGGUAUCUAA